GUGUCUUGUGGUGGCAGAUUCGCCUUACCAAGCAGUCGGUGGGUUCGCUACAAGAUGAGUGCUGAAAAAGAUGUGGAUCAAAUUGAUACGCCGGAUUCUGUGAAAAAUACUGUUCCAAAUCAUGGAUAUUCUCUUCGUAAGGGCGACUUCGCCCAACGGCCCAUGUCCAUUAAGAAGUUUCUCGAGCCUUUCGACCACAGCAGUUUAACAAAUAAUGAGGCUGGUGAGAAAUAUUCAGCCUAUAAAGCAAGUUUCGCUCGCCAACAGUUGGAAGAGUUUUUCGAAAGGAACAAGUCGUAUGCUUGGUUCCGCGAGAAAUAUCAUCCAGAUUACCUCACAGAAUCAUCGUCCAGCAUGAAAGUGUUUCGAAGACGUUUAGAUAUUUUUAUGGAGUUUUAUAGAAAUGGUUAUUUUGACAAUCUACAUCUAGCCAGUGGUUAUGAAAGUGAAAUUGUCCGGCUGUUAGAUAUGGUUGCGAUUAAACUGGCUGGUGGGACGGAAGAGGACUUUGCUCUUUUGGACAAACUACUCGAAGAUAGAAUUUCUGAAGAUCCCAACGUGAUCAUUGAGCCAUCGACUUUUCAACAUACAGAAAAUGUUAAACCGAACAACAAUAUAGUUCAGUCACCAGAUAUACGAGAAGGACCAUUGGAUAAGGAGAAAUUUGAUGCGAGCACUAUGAAAAAAAAGCCUAAACCAGAUUAUUGCGAUUCUUCAAAAAUCCAGAAGCGUAAAGAGUUCAGAAUUAAAAGACGUCAAAAUAAUGCAGAUGAAGAGGAGGAAGGCGAAGACAGUAGUUUAAGUGAUGAUGAAAGUAAUGAUAGUGGAACUGAUAGCGUAAACAGUCAUAGUAGAGAUUCCAGUUCAAGUAAUAAUAAUAGUACUAGUGGUAGUAGCAGUAGUAGCGACAGUAGUGACGACGAUAAUGGUAGCAGUAAUAGCAGCAACAGUAGUAGUAGUAGUAGUGACGAUGAUGAUGAUAAUAAUAAUAAUAAGGAACACCAAAGGAAAGUUAGCAUAUCUAAAAGCAAUAGCAGUGAUAGCAGUGAUGGUGAGACGGUUGUAAAACAUAAGAAGAAGCGUUCUAAACUUGUUAAACAUAAGAAUGUCCAAGAAAAUUCUGGUCAUAGUGGUGACCGUCAUCGUCGCCGUCAUCACCGUCAUCAUGAUGAUACUACUAACAAUCACGAUAAUGUGCACAACAAAGUUAAUCCCAGUUCAAUUAACCAUUUAUAUAACAAUGAUCAUAACGACCAACAGAAUAAAAGUGAUUGUUCAAAAGUAGUGCCUGAUGAAAUCAACACGAUGUCUUCUACGAAAUCACCUAAUAUGACAGGGUCAACUCAAUCGAAUGAAGUUUAUGUACUAUCAGGGUUGACAGAUCCACCUUAUGCUGCUGGUGGUGUUGUUAUUAGUGAUGAUACUCAUAAUAAUAGUAUUACUAAUGAUGGCGAAAAAUCUAUGGAUUUCGAUAAUCUAACAAUAGAGAAAUCAGCAGAUCCAAUAAAUGAAGAUGAAUUGAAGGAAUUAAGUGUCACAAAUGAACAAACUCGUCGACCCAUUCAUUAUACAACUUUACUAUUUUUUCCACAUAUUCCAUUCAAUAUAUUCAAACGAGAUUUAAUAUCUGUACUUUCCACUUGUCCACAUUUCUUACGUUUAGCUAUCUUAGAUCCUGUUAUCAUGCCGGAUACAGUGUCAUCAAUAACAGAUGAUCAAAUAUUCGGUAGGGUGAAAAAUCCUAUACCUAAAAUUUUACUAAAACGUAUGGGAUGGGCAUCAUUUACUUCACAAUAUAUAGACGAUGUUAACAAUAAGUGGAUUAGUAUAGAUUUAAUCGCUAUAAAAAAUAAAUUAAUUGAAUAUGCAGUUGAUCGUGAAGCUUCAAGUGAUUUAAUUGAGUGUUUACGUUUAUCGCGACCAAUUUUGGAUCAUUUGAAAGUACCACAUCAAGAACGGGCUCGAAAGACUGGACAUUUGUUCGAUAAGUUAUUAAGUGUAUGUCCAACUCGUAUUCGUUCAAAAGCUUUAGCACGUCGUCAUCUAGUGAUAGCAGCUCGUGUUAUUUAUGAUUUCGACAAGGCUAGAGGUUUGUGGUCAACAACAGAGUAUGAUACUAAUGAUAAUAGAAAGAAUGAUAACACUAUGUCAGCAGAUAAAGAAGGAGGGAAAGAAGAACAUAUCAACUUGAGACGUCAUGGGGAAGUUUCCUCUAUCGUUGACGAUGGUGAAGAAGAAGGUGAAGAUGGUGGCGGUACUACUACUACUAGUGAACAAAAGGAGAAAAUUUAUAAAGAGACGCUGACGAUCAAUAAAUUAUCUCUUCAAAAUAACUUAAGCAAAAAUGAUAUCAAUCAUUCAAGUAAUCAAGAUCGGUCAAUGGAUAUAGAUCAAUCUCUUGAAAAUGAAGAAACAAUGGAAGAACAAAACAAUGAUUCAGAUGUGAAAGAAUCAUCUCAUCAGAAAACACAUAAGUCAUCAUCAUUACAAGACAGUAAAAAUUCUAGUGACGUAUCUAUGCUUUCAGAUGAUGAGAAACAAAGUGAUUUUAUUGAUCCUGGUGACGACUUAAUAAAGGCGGCAAAUAUAUUAAAUAGUAUAAAAACAAUAAAUCCUCUUCUGCAAGGUUUAACUGAUUAUCUUGUCGACGAGGGAAAUGCUGAAGAAGAACUUCUUUUGCUAGGCGGUAUGCAAUCUAUUUCAUUUCAACCAUCUUCAAUAACAAAAGGAACAUUAAUGAAUAAUUCACAAAUUAUUAAUUUACAUUCAUCAUUACAAUUACAACAACUUGAUAUAUCUUCACGAUUCUAUGAAUCAGAUGAUAGUGAAUUAUUAGUUGUAUUGGAUCGUUUAAUUUUAUAUUUAAGAAUAGUACAUUCAGUAGAUUUUUAUGCACCUGCAUUUUAUAUGAAUGAAGAUUUAAUGCCACAUCCAUGUCGUCUUAUACAUAUUCGACCGGGUUUAAAUGAAAUAACCAAAGCUUUAACACAAGUUAAAAGUCCAGAGAAAUUAAUCAAUUCAGAAUCAGUUGAUCAUGUAAAUAUUUUAUUGUAUUAUAUUUUAUUUAUCCAUAGUAUUAUUGUUAAAUUCACAAAAUGUCUUUGUAUAAUGGUCAUAGAUAUAGAGGAAAUUAUUGAUAGUUGUUUUUACAUUUUUUGUGGAAGCGUUUCAGCUGUACACAUAGACAUAAACAGUGAUAACCACUCGUUUAAUGAUCGAGUUGAAUGUUGGACCACGUAACCCUUGAUGGUAUCAUAAAACGAAAUAUGAUUAUCUCAUUUCCCACUGUUCACAAUUUUAAUUGUACUCAGUUUGUUGUAUAUCAUACAGUUCUCUAUAUGUCUCUGUAUAGUAUAUUUAGUUUUUCCCCAAUGAUAGUGGUAAUAUUCAUAUCCUGAUCACGAAGCUAGUUUGUUUCAGAUUGAAAUACAUAAAGGGUUAUUAAUGUUGAUUUUCAUGAAGUUUCUGAUUGAUAUCUGCUUGUAAUGAAAGCAACCUAAAUUACAUGAGAACGUUAUCAUUUUUGAGGUAUUUUACAGUUUUUGAAUUUCGAUAUAACAUAUUAACAAUAUGGAAUAAGUUGGUUCUCAGAUCUCGUAACCGAAUUCCUGAUGUCAAAAAAUAUAAUAAACAUUUAUUAAUAAUACAUGACAGUGUCCAAGCGUCUGGUGAUAAGCUGGAACGUUAUGGUUAUGUAUCUACAACCCGGAAAGAAAUUUAUUGGCGAGUUAGUUUCCAUACAUAUCUUACUAUCUACUUAGUUUCGCAAAGCCAAGCAAGAUUUUAAAAACGAUUGUUAAGAGAUUGGUACUUUAUUUAUGGUUUCGCAGGCUCUUGAGAAUGAAUAUAGCAAUUUCUUUACUCAAGAUUCAUGAAGCAUUUGUUUUAGUCAAAUUUUUAAACCAUUUGAUUUUUUCCCUAGCCCGAUUAUCACCCCUAGUUUCAAGAAGAUUCUUAACAUUCUCUUACACCCUCACAAUUUUGUUGUUGUAUACUCUAUAGGUAAGUUUCGUAAGUAUUUGUGUCAUAGUAGAGUGUAUAAACACGCGACUGCAUGAGUAAUUUUCCUGAAGGACAAAUCAAAAACUUCACCAAUGGUUGUAUCAAAGCUACUCUUGAAUUUAUAAACUUUCGCCCAUUAUAAAUACAGUCGAGCAAUUUUUUCGUAAUCCCAAACGUUGAGGAAAUUCAAACAUUUUUGUGUAAUUAUCAACGUUCAGUGUUUUAUGUAAACUUUUUUCGAAGCAUCCCUCGCGUUUCAUGGAACGACCAAGUGAGGAAUGUUAAAGUUGGCAAUAGUGUACGUGGUAAACCUCAGAAAUCGGUUGAUAAGACUGUAAACCAUCAUAUAAGAUAGUUAGAGCAUAUGUUGCAUAUCCCCAACGGCUACCGGCCUCAGUAAACGACGUUGCUCGGUGUAGAAGUAGGCUGGGAUAAAGCUAAGGGGACAAACUAAAACGUAGCCUCCGCCCAUGAAGUUAUUGACCACUAAACCGAAUCAUGUUGAUGCAGACUGCUUAGUUGGGCUAUGUGUGAUAAAUGUAAUCAGAAUGAUUGAAGACGAGUGACAUGACUCCGAAUCAUUCGCAAUGGCACAGAUGCAUUCACUUUUUGUUUUUCCCUCGAACUUGAACUCCGAUAUCUCUUCACAUUUACGUUUCUACUGUCUUUUCAAACCAUAUUCCAAAGGCUUAGUCUUUUCAUCAUAGUUACCACAUUAUUUCGAUCUCCUUAUUUGCGUCUCAUCCUGCUAGUCUAAUAUGGCGAAUUGGCUCAACGUACUUUUGUGCCAGGCUCUAUGUUGAUGAUGUCUGUCUGUCUAUCAAUAUACUAUGCAUUCAUUUACUUAUGAAAAGAACUCGGGGUACAACAUUAUUUCUCAACUUUGAUUUUACUUUUUUUGUGUUGACUAGACGCUAAAAAUCCUUGAUUUUUCGAAUUUUUUCUUUUGGUUAUGGUUACAACUGCAUGUGGAUAUAUUAUUCUUUGCUAAAAUUAAUUAAUUCUCAAAUUUUACAAAAUGUUAUUUCUCUUACACAAUCUAGUUAUUUGCCAGUCAAAUAAAACGUUUAGUACGACUCAUUACUCCGCUCACAGAAAAUGAUUGUAAAGGUUUGGGUUAUAGAAAUGCAGAUGAUGUUGUGGAAGAAUUCAUAAAAUUGAAUACACGUCGGAAAAAACGAAAGGCGUAUGUGUAAAGCUUGUACAAAUAUGUAUUGUUAUUAUUAAUUAUUUACUAUGAAGUAGGUUUUUUAUUAUUUGAUGGGCUGAAUUUUCGGUUGUUAAAAGGAGACAAAGUAUGCUAAUGGGUAGAUGUUAUACAAUGUAGUGCGAUGUGACCGAGUGAUAAAUGCCCACGAGAUCAAAUUAUUUCCUUAUUCCUCUUAAUUGGACUGCAUUCAAAAAGCAAGAUAACUACCCAAUAGAAUAGGUUUUCUUUCUUAACGAAAUGUUGCGGCUAUUGAACACAAAGAUAAACAUGACAAGAGGUCAUUUAACAAGUAAACGAUUAGAAGAUAUAGUAAGUAUGGGUCUCCCACUCUCAAUUAGAAUCAAAGUUUAACUAUCAAUCUUAAUUCUUGUCCUACUGUAUCAUCAUUAUGGUCAGUACAUACAUAGUAAAAAUUUGCGACAAAUAAAGAAUAUUGAUUCUGCUGAAUCUAUCGUAAAAAUGAAUUUUCUUUAACAGACUAAAAUUGGGCUUUCAAAGUUUUCUCAAUAAUUAGCCUUGUUAUCUAGAACAAAAUAUCCAUGAAAACUAAACAGGUAUUAGUUCUGGUAUCGGUUAUGCAUAUGUAUUAAAAGCUAGACACCAAUGAGAACACGCUUAUUCCUUACAAAUGAAAAUUAAGUUAUUCUUCACGAGGUUAUUCUAACUGAUGCCAAUUCAUGACAAAAACAAUUUUCAAACUACAAAAUUUUUAGUAAAUUAUUUAAGUAAUUGAAACUUAUGGUGUGUAAUCAUAGUAGAGCAAUAGCUUAGUGGUUGAAAUGUUUGAAUUUCAGCCACUAAGUCGCGGAACCAAACCUUGUCCCGCCUAAUAUAGCUUGAGCCAUCCGGUAUUAUCACACCAAGUGUAGCUCGAAGCCAAAUACAGAAAUCUCUACCUCGAAAACGAAUUUUAAAAUUUAUGGUGAUAAGUAGUUUUUUUCACCCAGUGUAUGUGUCAAAGUUUUGUAGGCCAGUUACUGUAAUAUUUAUCCACUUAAUUUUUUAUAUUAUUUAAGCGAUGUGAUAUGGGUUUGCCCAUUGUCAAAUAAGAAGUUCCGAGAUCCAAUCUACGUUAAGAAACAUAUUCUCAAUAAACAUAUGGAAAAGGUUGAAGCUGCCAAGAAAGAUAAUGCCUACUUUUUCAACAACUAUCUUAUGGAUCCUGCCCGACCCCAGUUGCCUCCUGAGCCAAGAUCUCCUAGAAGGCGAUCUCGGUCACCCUCACCAUCUCGCCGAACUGCUAGAGAAUCAAGUCAUCUAGCUAAUGAAACCAGUGAACGAGAACGUUCUAAUUCUUGGGCACAAGGAUCAAAUAACUUCCAGUCACAAAGAUGGCAGCAGUAUGGACGCAAUCGCAAUGAAGGUGGAAAUAUGGGAGGGAAUUAUGGACGGGAUAAUAUACACAGUAACUUACCAUUCUACCCCCGACCAUAUGGUCGCCAACAGUAUUCGAAUUUCCGAAUUCCAUAUGGUGGUAGCAAUCAACGUAGUUAUUAUAAUGGUCCACGAACUGGUGGAUAUAACUUUAAUCGACGUGGCUAUCCAAGACGGUCGUAUGUUGAUCUGGAUGCGCCUUGAAUGAAUGUCUCAUUUUAUUUGUAUGCAUUAGAUACUGACAAAUUUCGUUGUUUCCAGUCCGCAAUAAUCUCUAUGUAUUUUGUAUAUAAUUCAUAUCAAGGAAAACAGCAGCUAAACCCAACACUCAUCUUUUGUACUCAUAACUACACUACUACUAUUCCUCGUAAAAUAAAUAAAAUUUAAAGAAUUG